GGAGCCAAACUCGUAUCUUAAAGUAGAGUUUGCACCAUCGAUGCACCUUUUGUUGGAUGAAAAUGAAUUCAUGAAAGCACAAUCAGAGGAAGGAUUGAUGAUACAAUGCCGACACUGGGCGUGCGGCGUUAAAUAACAAGCGUACCAUAUUUUGCGAGGAAUGCUAUCUCGUUUCGUGCGCAAAUGUUUCAUUGGGGAAAGUGGAAGAAGAGGAUGGGGGCUAGUGGCUCUGCCAAAAGGCCAGUGUUCGAUGAUAAGGAAGAUGUGAAUUUUGACCAUUUUCAAAUUCUUCGUGCCAUUGGGAAAGGGAGCUUUGGAAAGGUAUGCAUUGUUCAGAAGAAGGACACAGAGAAGAUGUAUGCCAUGAAGUAUAUGAACAAACACCAGUGCAUAGAGCGAGAUGAGGUCCGAAACGUCUUUAGAGAGCUAGAGAUCCUACAGGAAAUUGAACAUGUUUUUUUAGUAAAUCUCUGGUACUCAUUUCAAGAUGAAGAAGAUAUGUUCAUGGUAGUGGAUUUACUGCUGGGCGGGGAUUUGCGCUACCAUCUGCAGCAGAAUGUGCAGUUCAAUGAGGAUGCAGUUAAGGUCUACCUCUGUGAGAUGACACUAGCCCUUGAUUAUCUGCAGAGCCAACACAUCAUCCACAGGGAUAUCAAACCUGAUAAUAUCCUACUGGAUGAACAAGGGCAUGCUCAUUUAACAGAUUUCAACAUUGCUACUAUCAUCAAAGAUGAAGAAAGAGCUACAGCUUUAGCUGGAACCAAGCCCUACAUGGCCCCUGAGAUCUUCAGGUCUUUUGUGAGUGGAGGGACUGGCUAUGCCUUUGAAGUAGACUGGUGGUCUCUCGGUGUGACAGCCUUUGAGGUUCUCAGAGGAUGGAGACCUUAUGAAAUCCAUGCCAGUGAUUCAGUGGAGUCUCUAAUGCAGCUCUUCAGCACGGUUAGUGUGCAGUACUGUCCAACCUGGCCAAAAGACUUGGUGUCAUUGCUGAGGAAGCUGCUGACUGUGAACCCUGAGCAUCGCUUCUCUAGCCUGGCCCAAAUGCAGACUGCCCCCUACCUCUCUGAAAUAAACUGGGAUGCCAUCUACGAGAAAGAAGUGAAUGCUGGCUUUGUUCCUAAUAAAGGUCGCCUGCAUUGUGAUCCAACCUUCGAACUUGAAGAGAUGAUUCUGGAGUCAAGACCUCUCCAUAAGAAGAAAAAGCGCCUUGCUAAAAACAGAUCACGGGACAACAGCAAAGACUCACAAUCAGAGAGUGACUACCUUCAGGAGUGCCUUGAAGUUGUGCAGCAAGAAUUUGUGAUCUUCAAUCGCGAGAAGCUGAAGAGGAGACAAGAGGAUAUGUCAGAGAGUCGACCAGAAGGUGAAGCUGAUGGAAAUGAUGAUGUAGAUGUGGGAGCCACAGAGGAUGAAGAGAGAGAACUAAAACCUGAGGCAGAGACCUCCAAACUCAACAUGUGUGGAUCUGUUUGUUCCUCUGCUGGUAGCUGCUAGCACCCUGCACAGUUCACCACCCAGCCUUCCAAUCAUGUAUUUUCUAUGCCUGAAGCACUCUUACCAAUUUCUCAGUAGACCAACUUUAGAGUAUAGAGUGCACUAACAUAACAUGUUCUAUCUCAGUAGCAUUUAUCAUGUUAUGGCGGAAACCCACACUGACCAUUUGUAGCAGUAUGCUUGAAUUUCUAUGCAAUACAGUUUGAUGUAUAUUCAAAAAUAGUAUAAAGUGCUAUGCAGGAUACCAACACCUGAGCAGCAUGACAUAUUAUGAUGUAGUGCCAUGCAGCUUUAGGUUUAUAGAAUGACAUCCUGUUUUUUAUAAAGGCAUGACAUUUCAAUGAUUAAACUGUUGAACAGUUUUUUGCAGUGAUAGCCUAGUAUUAAUUUUGAUUUCCUGCUUUUUUGCAUUGUAAUUGGAUGUAUUUUCAAAAUAUUAAUACAUGUUCUUAAAGAGGUCACAUACUGCAGCAAUAUUGAGACAGACAUUUCAAUUAUGGGCUCUUCUCAUUCUACUUUUUAAUCUAUCAAGAAUGAUGGGGCGGCAACAAUGGGAUAGUCUAUCCAGUGUCCUUUAUAUAUCAGUGGGAACAAGCCGGAAGACCAAGGAAGGAAGGGAUGAUAGAUACAAAAGACGGAAUGAUAAGAGCCCUCUGUGUCCUGCAUGAGGUCCACAUUGCAUCUGAACAAUGCACUUUCUUUGUCAUUGUGUGCAGUCCCAAUGUUUUUUUUUGUUUUUUUCAAAUGAUUAAUGUUUUGCACUCAAGUCUGUGCAAGCUCAGUGUAGAUGGAAGAGAGUUGCACUCCUGCCAGUAUUGUAGCUUAUGUAGUUAUCUGCUUUUUCUAUAAGAAUUUGAUAGGAAUAUUGUUGAGAUAUGCAUGUAACCACUAUACAUUUAUAUACAUGCUUUGUUUGAAUAUAUGGAGGCCCUAAGAUGCUAAAUGUUAACAUUGAAUUUAAUAGCUAAUUUGUAAUUAUCUUUAAAUAACAAAACUUUUCCUGAGAUAAUGACAUACAUUAUUAAAUAUCUAGGGAAAACAAGGUAUUGUCUUCUUAUGCGGCUUAUCAGCUACGCAAGGUCUUUGAGAGACUGAUAUUAAACUGAAAUUAAGCAAAGCAAGUGUUAUAAACCCUGUCGAAUGUUUUAUUGUUUUAUUACAAAAAGUAAAAAAUCCUUGAAGGCUAAUUUAGUAAGGGGGGGACUGACUUUACUGCUAUUACAACAGGACAGUGAGGAGAGAAGGCAAGUGGGAAAGAGAAAUGGGAUGGCUUUGUGUACUGAUGGGCAUUUGCACUGCAAAAACUGCUAAUCUAAUCAAAUCUAAUCACGCGUCAUUCAUCUUAUAUCAAGAUCAAACAAUUUAGUUGGUAUUGUUUUCAGUAUAAAGAAACUUAUCUGGCACUUUCUCGUAAAAUCAUUUGACUUUAUAUACAUGUAAGAGUUGUAUAGAGUUGUUUUAAGACGUCUCAUCCUGAAAACAAGCACAUUUGUUUGCCAGUGGGUUGAGUACAU